AAUUUUCAGAAUGACUUCAGUUGGUGUCCCAAUCAAGAUUCUUCAUGAGGCCGAAGGUCACAUGGUCACGCUCGAAACCGUUACAGGCGAAGUUUACCGAGGAAAACUUUCUGAAGCCGAAGACAACAUGAACUGUCAGCUGGCUGAAACCGUUGUGACUUUCCGCGACGGAAGAAGUCAUCAAUUGGACAACGUUUUCAUUCGCGGAAACAAGAUCCGAUUCAUGAUUCUGCCGGAUAUGCUCAAAAACGCGCCAAUGUUCAAAAAUAUCGGAAGAGCCCAGAAAGGAGCCAUUGGAAUGGGUUUGGGAGGUCUCGAUCAGCGUGGAAGAGGACGUGGAACCGCUUUCCGUCGACCAAUGGGCCGUGGAGGACCACGUGGAAUGUCUCGCCCGGGAGGAGCUCCAACGUUCCGUGGAUAAGCACAACACGGCGCAAAUAUAAUCAAUUCUCUGUAUUUUUUCUCUCUCUCGAGUCCCCCAUUCUUCCAGUUUCUCUUCUUUUCAAAGCGUGCGCAGACCGUUGAAUUUGACGUGAUCUCCUGCUUGUCCCGGCUCCGCACUUUGUUAUUUGUUGAAUCAUACUUCAUUUUUCAUAAAUUAUUUUCCAGAAAAAAGACGACGACAAACUGGUUUCGGAGAUUUCCCUGUAAGAUUACCACAAUUCCAAAGUGUGGUAUUCGCCUAGAAUAUAACUGGCGAAAUGGUAAAUCAUUCGCCAGUCGUCUUCUUUUUGUUCUCCUUAUUCUUUUAUUCGCAUUUAAAUGGAGCAUUCGAUGAUGCAGAGCAUUUUCCAAAA